AUGAGUGUGAUGAUGCACUGGUUGCUGCUGCUCCUUCUGGUCAGCUUUGGCUCACCUGCACCCAGGUUUUCGGAUAAAGAUAUCUGCUUCCUAGACAACAAUAAAUUAAGACAAAGGUUAAAACACCUUCAAGACUUGCUUUACGUAUAUGAAUUGCAGCUGAAGGACAUACUGGAGAACACUUACCACAGAACGAAAAGUGAACUGUUCUCAGGCAACAGGAGCGUGCAGCAUGAGACGCUUUUACCCACAACCAGUGGAAAUUUGAUAGUCUAUGACCAAGAUUGCUCUGCAGUGUAUGGCAGGAAGAGCACCACGAGUGGCUACUACCGCAUCAGGCCCAGAGCAGACCGAGAGCCCUUCCUGGCAUUCUGUGACAUGUCCGAUGGCGGGGGCUGGACCGUCAUUCAGCGGCGCAGUAACGGCAGGGAGAAUUUCAACAGGAAAUGGGAUGAUUACAAACUGGGAUUUGGGAAAUUCCAGGGCAAGAAUGAUGAAUACUGGCUGGGCAACGACCACAUCCAUGACCUGCUUGCUAGAGGAGAGUACUCAUUAAAGAUUGACCUGAUGGACUGGCAUGGGGAAAGACGCUAUGCAAUCUAUGAAAAUUUCCAGCUUGCAAAUGAGCAGGAAAAUUACAGGUUAUGGUUUGGCACCUAUUCUGGUAAUGCUGGCGACGCUCUGUCUGGUGGGAGCAAUUUUGAAGAUCAGUGGUCAGCUUCUCACAGAGGGAUGCAGUUCACCACAUUUGAUAAGGAUCACGAUCAGUUCCUGGCAGGCAACUGUGCAUCAGAGAACAAGGGUGGCUGGUGGUUUAACAGGUGCCAUGCUGUAAACCUCAAUGGGAGAUACUACAAAAGAGGGAAGUACAGUGGACCCCAUGAUGACGGCUUGGUUUGGUCUACAUGGCACGGGAUGUGGUACUCACUGAAAUACUCAGCCAUGAAAAUCAGGGCUCCAUUCUUUAUCGACAGAGAGAGCGGAGAUGGUGAGAACAGUCAGGCCAGCUGA